AUGAACGACGGCGACAGCGCAGUGGACGGCUCCCCCGAGCGGCGCACCUCGUCGCUCCGAAGGCCCAGCUUCUCGUCGAUCCGUUCUCGCAUCAGGAAACCCAGCUUCAAGGGGAAGCGUCGCAGCGCCGCCUCCAACGACGACGACAGCCUCAUGGUCGAUGACGCCUCCGACCACAAGCGCUGGUCGAUCAACUCAGAACAGUCGCUGCCUCCUCUGCCUCCCUUGCCUCCCAGGCCCACAAUCGUCACUGCGGCGCCGCCUCUUCCAGAAAGGCCCCUCGGGCACCCCCGAGAGGAGCAGGGGCCGUCGUCACUGGCACAGCCCCUCGUCGCCGAGCCCCACACCCUCUCGCCGCAGGCCGAGCCCAAUGAGCCGCCGUCGACCCAUCGCGGCCAGGCAAACGGAGCUUCAGGCGUCCAAGACGUCGCAAAAAAAGUCGCGCAGUCCGCCCACGGACUUGCCAGCAUGGUCGCGACGCGGCCCGCGGCCCAGGCCGACGUCGGCCCCUUCCAGCAGCACAUCCCGAUGAUCAUGACCUUCUUUGGCGCCACCAGCCUGGCCGUGCUGGUGCUGUCGCGCCUCCACUGGCUGCUGGCCGCCGUCGUAGCCGGCUGCGCAUCGCACGUGCUGUGGAAGAAGCUCGACGCUGCGGGCCGAGAUGCGCAGUGGGAAGUCGAGAUGCUCGAGGCGGCCAAGCGCUUCCACGACCCGGACCAGCAAGAGGAGACGGUCGAGUGGCUCAACUCGACGCUUGCCACCGUCUGGCCGCUUAUCGGAAGCGACUACUUUGUGCCUUUUGUCGACCUGCUCGAGGACAGUCUGAUGACGCAGGUGCCGGGCAUCGUCCACAGCGUCCGCGUCGAGGACCUCGACCAGGGCACCAUCCCGAUCCGCGUCAAGAGCUUCAAGGUGAUUCCGUCCGACGAGGCCUCGUUCCUGGCGCCCGAGGACGAGGAGGGAGCCUCGUCGCGCUCCAGGAAGCGUCGUUCGCGCGACCAGGCGGAGGGCAACGGCAACGGCACCAACCUUGGCUCGGCCAGGCCGUCGGACGACGACGAGGACGACGACACCGGCAUCGACACGGGCGACUACAUCAACCUCGAGGUCGUCUUCGCCUACCGCGGCACCAAGCCUUCGCGCAGGAAGAGGAACAAGGCCGCCACCACCACCAACGACAAGAGCGGCAGCAACGAGCCCAUUGGCGCCGACGCCGAAGUCGACCCGGCGUAUCAGACGCUGGCCGAGGCGCCGACCGAAAAGAUCCACAUGCUCAUCUACAUGGGCAUCGGCCUCCAGAAGAUUGCCGCCGUCGAGGUUCCCGUGUGGGUCGAGAUGGUCGGCAUCGAGGGCAAGAUGCGCGUUCGCCUCCAGAUGACGCCGGUGGCGCCAUUUGUCAAGCACGUCGCCCUCACGUUUGUCGGCUCGCCCAAGCUCGAGAUGUCGGCCAAGCCGCUGGGCAAGAAGAUGAUCAUCGACGCCAUGAACCUGCCGCUCAUCUCGAGCUACGCUCUGCACUCGGUCGAGGACGUCAUCAAGGGCUUCAUCGCGCCCAAGUCGUACACCGUCGACGUGGCCGGCCUCUUGGGCUCGGGAGACGGGCCACAAGACGUCUACGCCAUGGGCCUGCUCGUCAUCGUCCUCCACCAGGCCACAAACCUCGCGGCCGCCGACGCCAACGGCUACAGCGACCCCUUCGUCCAGGCCAGCUUCUCCCACGCCGGCAAGCCCCUCUUCACGUCGCGGGUGCUGCGCAAGACGAUCGAUCCGAUCUGGCAGGAGACUGCCUUCCUGCUGGUGACGCCCGACGAGCUGCGCGACCACGAGCGUCUGCGGCUGACUGUCUUCGAUGCGGACCGCUUCUCGGCCGACGAUCCGCUCGGCAAGGUCGAGGUGUCGAUCGACGGCCUGAUCCGCCGAUCGAGGAUGCGCAACGAGGCCGCCGCCAACCUCCUCGAGACGCGGAUGGAGGACCUGAAGCCCAUGCGGCGCGGAACGGCCGUACAGGGGCGACUCAAGUUCAGCGUAGGCUUCUUUGCCCUGGCCCAGGGCAAGGGAACCAACCUCAACGGCAAGCGACAAGAGAUCCUGAGGAGGGCGAUGGCGAGAGUGGAGGCAAGGAGCAAAGCUGGCAAGCCAGUCUCGCUCGACUUCGCCGCCGCCUCUCCGCCUCCACUGCCGCCCAAGCCCGGUCAGAAGGCCGAGACGCAGGAAGCGACGGCUUCGGGUUCGACCGCUGUCAGCGGCGCGGCAGUGACCCCACCCCCAGCUGGGGUCGAUGGUGGCGGCAGUGGCAGCGACGAGAAGGACGACAACGAGCUCCACCAGUACAUGACGCCGUUUGACCGUUUCGUCCACGGCCUCGGGCUUCCGAUGGACGACGAUGUGCUGCGCAAGAGGCGCGACCGCAAGGAGCGUGUCGAGAAGCUCAUCACGAUGAUCGAAGGCUCAAAGGCCGCCACCGCCGAGCCUCCGGUUCGGGAGCUGCCGUCGGGCAUCCUGGCGUUCCACAUCCACUCGAUCCACAACCUCGAGGUGCAGCAAACGCAACGCAGCUACUCGAACAGCAAGCGCCUGUCGCAGAAGCAGCGCUACACGACCAACGCCGACGAGACGCUGGCCGAGGGCACGGGUGCGGGCAAGCUGCCGUCGUCGUACGUCCAGGUCUUCCUCAACGACGAGGCCAUCUUCCGGACGAGGACCAAGACGCUCAACGCGCGCCCCUACAUCAACGGCGGCAGCGAGCGCUUCGUGGGCGACUGGACCACCGCUCGGAUCGACUUCACGGUGCGGGAUGCGCGGAUGCGCGAGGGCGAUCCCAUCCUUGGCUGCGCGGGGCUGCGGCUGGCCGACGUGCUCAAGAAGAGCAGCAAGAGCACCGAGUGGUACACGCUGACGGGCGGCCUGGGCUACGGCAAGAUCCGCAUCACGCUGCUCUGGCGAAGCUUUGAGUCGACGAUCCCCAAGCCGCUGCGAGGCUGGAACAUCGGCGUGCUCGAGCUGGCCCGCUGCCGCGCCACUGGGCUUUCGCAGCAGCUGUUCGAGGCCAAGCCGUGCCACAUCCUCUUUGAGACGGUCGGCGGCAAGGUCGAGACGGCCAACGUCGACCCGAUCGACGAGUACGAGUCGGGCGGAGGCGAGGCCGCCAAGGUGAGCUACCAGUGGUCGCUCGACAAGUCGCCGGUCCGCAUCCCCGUGAGGCAGAGGUAUCCCAACUUCCUCUACGUCAACCUGCGCAGCGAGUCGCGCGUGCCAGGGCGCCACCACAAGCAUGCUCAUGCCGUGGUCCCCCUCAACCGGAUCGCCGACGACACCUUUACCCGACGCCGCGUGCCGCUGUACGAGACGUCGGACAUGGACCGAUUCGAGCAGGACAUGCUGCGAGCGACGACGAACGCGGACCAGCUGCUCUCGCCCACGCCGGGCGACGAUGAGCCGACGCGGCUCUCGGCGGCGCUCGAGGAGAUUUGCGAGGCGGGCAGCCGCGACCUGCCGCUCGAGGUGACGUCGGACCACCACAUCAAAUGUGUCGGCUGGCUCGAGCUGAACCUCAUCUACCACCGCGGCCUGGGACCGGAGCACGGAGCGCACACUGCCGGCGACCACGAGCUGCGCUUCGCCUACGACACCUACGUCACGCUGACCGACUGCGGCGAGCGGCCAAAGUCGCACUCGCUGAGCGCCGAGAGCCGGAAGAGGCUCGGAGAGAUGGGCAAUCGGGCGCUCGAGCCGUCGGACGGGUCGGCGGUGCCGUCGAUGGCCGGAACACCGGGUUCGAGCCGGCCGGGCCACCGCCGCGUGCUGUCGCAGCCGCGCAACGGCGCCGACGCGUUUGUGGCUGAGCCCGAAGAGCGGCGUUCGACCGAGAUGUUUGAGGACGAGGAGGCGGCCGAGCGCGGCAGCCUGUACACGGCGUCGGUGACUGACUCGGAGGUCGAGGACUACAUGUCGGGCGAGGAUGCGGAUACGCCCGAGGGGCGACGGGCGCGGCAGCGGGCGCUGCAUCGCCAGCACCGGGGCGCGGCGCAGGUCAAGGGGUUCCGCACGCUGAGCUGGCUCAAGACCAACGCCGAGGACGGCGUGGUGCGCGUCAAGCGCCAGUUUGGCAAGCAGAACAAGCGCAUGGGCAAGAUGGAGUCCGAGGGCGUGUCGCAUUUCUGA